UGUAGUUUGGACUGUUAAAGACACCUGGGUGCCUGAUUCCCUGGGUUACCUGUCCAAAUACUGACCUCCGCAACUGGGUGUUUGUGUAGGCAAACGUCACUGUCACCGAGAGAUGCGCCUGUUCAGCUCCUCGGUGCAAUACUCAUCCUCUCCACUUCUCUGCCCACGGGGGAUUUCCAGCCUAUGUGCAUAGGAAUAAUCGUGUUUCUCAGGCGUGUGGGUUGCGUGGAGCCGUGACAGCUCCUUGCCCAGGGAAGGUAACCUGCCUGUCACCCGCUUUCAGCCUGGGAUGUGCGAUGCUGGAUGACACGGCACAAGCGUGCGGUAUUGAGGCCAUGCUCAGCGCUGGGGGCAGGAGGAUGGGAAUUCAUUUGUGGUGCCGUGUCUCUUUUAAUCAGGAGGCAGGUGAUGCUUCUCUUUGGUCCAGGAACGGGAGCAGGUUGCGUUAAAGAGAGACUGCAAUGCCAGCAUCCCAGCCGCGGUCCAGGGCAAGAGACAGGAACAAUGUCCUCAACAGGGCUGAGUUCCUCUCCCUGAAUCAGCCCUUGAAGGGGACCCAGGAGAACAAGGGCUCCGGCAGAAAGCAGAGCGGCCAGGCCGGAGGAGCUGGUACCCAGAGCAGCAGCCCCAAGGAGCGGAGGCAGUCGCAGCAGCUGCCCGAAGAGGACUGCAUGCAGCUCAACCCCUCCUUCAAGGGAAUCGCCUUCAACUCCCUGCUGGCCAUCGAUAUCUGCAUCUCCAAGAGGCUGGGGGUGUGCGCCAACACAGCCUCCUCCUGGGGUGGUGCCCGCUCCAUGAUCAACCUCCUGGGGAUAACGGGGCACGGCAUCCCCUGGAUCGCGGGGACGCUCAUCUGCCUGGUGAAGAGCAGCACGCUGGCAGGCCAAGAGGUCCUCAUGAACCUGCUGCUAGCCCUGCUCCUGGACAUCAUGAUUGUGGCUGGGCUGCAGAAGCUGGCCAAGAGGAAGGGUCCGUACGAUGUCACCCCUGGCUUGUUGGACUACCUGACCAUGGACACCUAUGCGUUCCCAGCCGGGCACGCCAGCCGGGUGGCCAUGCUCUCCAAGUUCUUCCUCAACCACCUGGUCUUGGCCAUCCCUCUCCGGAUCCUGCUGGUCCUUUGGGCCCUCUGCGUGGGCUUUUCCCGUGUCAUGAUCGGACGGCACCACAUCACAGAUGUCCUGUCUGGCUUUGUUUUCGGCUACUUACAGUUCAGGCUGGUGGAGUUGAUAUGGAUGUCUUCUAACACAUGUCAGAUGUUGAUAUCCAUCUGGUGAACACAGGGGACUUGACGGCCUUUCCACUGGAAACGAGUAGAUACUUGAAGAGUCUCCCUCCCAGUGUUUUCUACAUGUUGUUUGUUGGAAGCAGUUGUAGCUUCCAUGAGUAGUGGUGUUUUUUAAUGUUGCUUCCCCACUUGAAAAGAGUUUCUUGCAAUGGAUUGGGUUUUAGCAAUCAAGGGCCAUACCUUUUGCCCUAUUCUCAAGCUGUGUUUGGACAGCAGCCUAAUUUAGCUUUACAGGUAAAAGAAACAAGCUACACGGCUGCCUAUGGGUGGUUGACAUCAGCACCUUGGUGUGUCCUCAGGGGAGGCAGCGCCCGAGGGUUUCCUGAGAACAGGUUCGUUAACUUUUUUGAUGCUAAACCAUUUUGGCCACAGUGCUUUUUCCUUUUGUAAGCCCAGGAGUGUGUCUUGUACAGAGUCAGGACACUGCCGGCACUUCACAGAUAAUAAAUAAUCAGAGAAAUCC